GCGCGAUCUCGCGGGAUCGCUCAGCUCUCGUGGCCGAGUCCGGGCCGGCCCGGGGGUGGCCGCAGGUGGCGGGGCCGCGGGCUGGACGCGCCGGGGUGGGCGCGCGGCGCGAGUGAUUGACCCAGGACGCAGGAAAAGGCGCUUCCUUCAACAUGGUCAAAUAAGGAAAAGGCAGGAAGGGACGUGAGCGUUUUCCACCCCCGGAUGGAAGCGAGAGCCUGUAAAAUUCAGAGCCCCUGGUAGCAGCCCCGCGGUGAAGCCCAGGGCUGGGGGAAGGAUGGGAAGCUGCUCGUUCCUGUGGGCGUGCGCGCUGCUGCUCCCCCUUGUGCAGGGGCACAGCCUCUUCACCUGCGAGCCCAUCACCGUGCCCCGCUGCAUGAAGAUGCCCUACAACAUGACGUUUUUCCCCAAUCUCAUGGGUCAUUACGACCAGAACACUGCUGCUGUGGAAAUGAAGCAUUUUCUUCCUCUUGCAAAUCUGGAAUGUUCACCAAACGUUGAAACUUUCCUUUGCAAAGCUUUUGUACCUACCUGCACUGAACAAAUUCAAGUGGUUCCACCCUGCCGUAAAUUUUGUGAAAAAGUAUAUUCUGAUUGCAAAAAACUAAUCGACACUUUUGGAAUCAGAUGGCCAAAGGAACUUAAAUGUGACAGAUUGCAAUACUGUGAUGGGACGGCGCCUGUAACUUUUGAUCCGCAGACACAGCUUCUUGACCCUCAGAAGAAAACAGAGCAAGUCCAAAGAGACAUUGGCUUUUGGUGUCCCAGGCAUCUUAAGACUUCUGGGGGGCAUGGCUUGAAAUUUCUGGGCAUUGACCAAUGUGCACCCCCAUGCCCCAACAUGUAUUUUACAAGCGACGAGCUCGAGUUUGCAAAAAGUUUUAUCGGGAUCGUUUCUAUAUUUUGCCUGUGUGCAACACUGUUCACAUUCCUUACAUUUUUAAUUGACGUUAAAAGAUUCAGAUACCCAGAGAGACCAAUCAUCUACUACUCAGUCUGCUAUAGCAUCGUGUCACUCAUGUACUUUAUUGGAUUCUUGUUGGGCAAUCGCACAGCCUGCAAUAAGGCCGAUGAAAAGCUUGAAAUUGGGGAUACUGUGGUUCUCGGCUCUCAGAAUAAGGCUUGCACCAUCUUGUUUAUGUUUCUCUAUUUUUUCACCAUGGCUGGUACCGUGUGGUGGGUAAUUCUGACCAUUACUUGGUUCUUAGCAGCAGGAAGAAAGUGGAGUUGUGAAGCCAUUGAACAGAAGGCCGUGUGGUUUCAUACUGUUGCGUGGGGCACACCAGGCUUCCUGACCAUCAUGCUUCUGGCUAUGAACAAAGUUGAAGGUGACAACAUUAGUGGAGUUUGCUUCGUCGGCCUCUAUGACCUGGACGCGUCGCGCUACUUCGUUCUCCUGCCGCUGUGCCUCUGUGUGUUUGUGGGCCUGUCUCUUCUUCUCGCUGGCAUCAUUUCCUUAAAUCACGUCCGACAAGUGAUACAGCACGAUGGCCGGAACCAAGAGAAGCUAAAGAAAUUUAUGAUCCGAAUAGGAGUCUUCAGUGGCCUCUAUCUCGUGCCGCUAGUGACGCUUCUGGGGUGUUAUGUCUACGAGCAGGUGAACAGGAUUACAUGGGAGAUCACGUGGGUCUCCGACCACUGCAGUCAGUACCACAUCCCGUGCCCUUACCAGGCAAAAAAAAACCGACCAGAAUUGGCAUUAUUUAUGAUAAAGUAUCUGAUGACUUUGAUUGUUGGCAUCUCUGCUGUCUUCUGGGUUGGAAGCAAAAAGACUUGCACGGAAUGGGCUGGAUUUUUUAAGAGAAAUCGCAAGAGAGACCCCAUCAGUGAGAGCCGCAGAGUCCUGCAGGAGUCCUGUGAGUUCUUCUUGAAGCAUAAUUCUAAAGUCAGACACAAAAAGAAGCAUUACAAACCGAGCUCACACAAGCUGAAGGUCAUUUCCAAAUCUAUGGGCACCAGCACAGGGGCAACUGCCAACCACGGCACUUCUGCAGUCGCCAUCACCAGCCACGAUUACCUGGGACAGGAAACAGCAACUGAAAUGCAGACCUCUCCCGACACCUCAGCGAGAGACGCGAGGACAGAGGGCACAAGCACCCCCAAUAAAUUAAGGGAGCAGGAAGGCGUGGAGCCUGCCUCCCCCGCUGCCUCCAGCAUCAGACUCUGCGGGGACCAGGCAGACAGGCCGGGUCGGGCCGGCACCAUCCAUGACAAGAUCAGCUUGUCUGGGAGUGCACGGAGUGAAGGAAGGGCAACCCCCAGAAGUGAGGUGGCUGACUCAGGCCCAGCACCGGGAAACCUUUUGCAGGUCCCCAGUUCCUCCAAGCCAAGUAGCCUCAAAGGCUCAGCAUCGCUGCUCCCUCAGCCAGCAUCGGAAGCGCAAGAGGAGCAGGGUGCAGGCACCUGAACCCUCCAACUUCUCCUGGGAGUUACUUACACUGGAGGUGACCAGGCUACUGUCUUCCAGAAACUGUGACUAGAAUUCUCCUUUUGCACUUCAAGCCACGUUGCUUGCUGUUACACUGGAAGCCAGAGUCCAAGGAUCGAUUGUCCGCUGCAUUCUUCAGCUGUUAGGCGAAAGCGAUGCAGCUGGAAAAUGUGUAGGCCCGUCAUAUUUUUUUUAAUCAUGUGGGAGAAGGAAGUAGAGGAAUCUUCUCUCUUUCAGAAGAUUCUACUGUGGUUAAAAGUACUUUAGGAUGGAAUAGGCUGUUCACCUUUUAUGGUAUAAAAUUGAGUUUUACAUGGCAGAAAUAUUUAAAGCUUUGUGUCUUUUAUAUAUAUGUAUUUGCAAAGAACUUUGUAUGUUUCUGAAAUUUUUUAGAAAUCCUGGGAAAACUGUUCAGGUAUUUUUAUUAUGGUAGCCUGAUUUUAUUUUAGCACUCAUUAGGGACUUCUACACUGUAUUUCUUUUGUAUCAUCAAAGAUUGUAAACACACCACUGUGAUAUAAAGGGAAUUCAUUUUUAAAAAUCCACACACACAUCUUCUCAAGUGUGUGAACUUUUAUAAAGUCGUAUGGUUUUAGGAAGUUUGCAGAUCCAUCAUGCAGCUAAAAUAAGGUGCUCAUAGGUGUCCCUCUUGAUUGUAUUUUGCUGCUCCUUGACACUUCUACAUUGGGUGGGUGGUGGGAUUAGGCCAGGCCAGCUCUGCUUGGGGCUUUCUCCUGGCCCUGCGCUCAGGGAUCACUCCUGGUGGUGCUCAGGGGACCAUAUGUGGUGCUGGGGAGAUUGAACUGGGGCUAGCCAUGUGCAAGGCAAGUGCCUUAACCCCUUUACUAUCUCUCUGGCCCUGACCUUUCUACAUUUUCUUAGGUAAAAAAUGUCCUGAAGGAUUCAGAGAUACAGUGCUACUUUUUGAUAAAUUAAGUGCAAUUGAUGGCACGUUUUAAAUGUUUCAUAACAAUCCAAGAUUAUAAUAUUGACAGGAACACUUGCAGUUGCUUAUUCUUUUUUGGUUGUUACUUUAUGGUGAGGUGCAUUUGGGCCUCAUGUCACCAUGUUCAUGGGCUUUUCCCAGCUGUGUUCAGGGUCACUCCCAGUAGUAUUUGAGGGACUAGGUGGUGCCAGAGACCAAACUGGGGUGAACUGCAUGCAAACAAGUGCCCUAACCCCUGUCCCAGCUCUCUGGCCCCAUACUUUUAACUUUUUCUUGUUUUUUUUUUAACACUUAAACUACAGACACUUGGUAUAGUGUACUGUUUUUCUCAGCUAUGUAGGAUUCACUUUUACAGCUAAAUAGGAUUUUGGUGAAUAUUCAAAGGCAUGUUUGCAAUAUUAGUGCCAAUUUAAAAUGAGGGAAGUGUAGUCCUGAUAAACAAGACGUAUUUCAUAUAGUGUGCUUUAAAAUAUUAAAUAAUUUUCUUAAUUCUGUUUCCAUUUAAGUAUUGUUCCUCUAGCGAAGUUUUCUGACACUUUUUGGUUUUUCUCUGCUUAGCAUUAUGUUAAAACAUAAAAAGAAAAUGAUUGUGUACUGUAUGGGAAAUGUAAAUAUGAACCUCUCCAUGUUUUUACACUUCAUAUAAAAAAACUUGUUUUGUGUGGUCUUUUCAUUAAUAAACGUUCUC